UAAUAAGUAGUGACUUCGGUUACAUAGCCACCAUUCAGAAUACAGACAAUCGUGAUUAGAGUGUGCUUAUCCCGGAGAACUGAUGGAUAUGUGAGCGGUUCAUAAUGCAGUCUUGCUCCAAUGUACAGGAAGAACAGGUCGCUUCACCCUGCUCUCCGCCACAAUUUCCGGGAGACGACACCCGGCCAACAUCUAGGAAGGAACUCGCUGGGUGGUACAGCUAUGGCUGGGCUGCAGAGGUUUUUGCAGUGUGCGCUAUGGGUAUAAGCUCCCUGGUCCUUUCUCCCCAUUACGCUAGAGCAAAUGGCUCGAGAACGCGGUGUACUUUUGUCGGACAAGACGACCCCGUGUAGCGCUACUUGGAGCACCGUACAAACCACUUCAGUGCCAGGAACUUGGAACCAGCUUUCUUAUGUCGCUUCAUAUGCACAACCUGACAUACCGAAGUCAAGCCAGUGCAUUGUCCAUAUUCUCGGUAUCGAGGUCAACACUGCAAGCUUCGCUAUGUACACAUUCUCAGUCAGUGUUCUAGUCCAAGCUAUCCUGAUAAUAUCAAUGUCAGGUGCUGCCGACCACGGAAGCUACCGCAAAAUGCUCUUGGUGACCUUCGCUCUUAUCGGUUCUGUUUCCACGAUGCUGUUCCUUGCUGUCGUUUCGAGGCUAUAUAUACUCGGUGGGCUCUUCGCAAUUAUAGCCAAUACCUGCUUUGGGGCUUCUUUUGUGCUCUUGAAUUCGUUUUUGCCUCUUCUGGUUCGCCAUCAUCCUUUGUCGCUCAGAGGACAUAGUGAUGAGGGCCCGCUCCCCCUAACCGACAAUAAUCUUAGCCCUUCAGCCAAUGGUCCAAGUCAUGCUGAAAAUUCGGAGACAACAGCGCUGCUUCAAUCUGAGCAGAGUUACCGUAGCCCUCCUCCAGAUGACGCCAGCGAAUUAAUCCCCACAAGAAUUUCUCAGGAAUUGAAGCUAUCUACAAAGCUGUCGUCGAAUGGAAUCGGCAUUGGCUAUAUCGGCGCAGUCAUACUGCAAGUCAUUUGCAUUCUUGUCGUUAUCAAGACUCACCAGACGACGUUUUCGUUGCGACUUGUCCUCUUUCUCAUUGGGCUGUGGUGGUUCAUCUUUACAAUUCCUGCGGCGAUAUGGCUACGUCCCCGACCCGGCCCUCCCCUGCCACAUGAGAAGAAGCGUGGGACAUGGGUCAGCUACAUGGCAUAUGCCUGGAAAUCACUCGGUCGGACCGCAAUACGGACUCGGCACUUGAGGGAUAUUUUGCUGUUUCUGGCAGCUUGGUUUCUUUUGAGUGACGGCAUUGCGACAGUCAGUGGAACGGCCGUCCUCUUUGCGAAAACUCAAUUGGAUAUGCAGCCAGCUGCAUUGGGGCUGAUUAAUGUGAUUGCCAUGAUUGCGGGAGUACUUGGAGCGUUUUCUUGGAGCCUUGUGUCGCGAGCAUUCAAUCUCCGUGCAUCACAAACCAUAAUUGCUUGCAUUGUUCUAUUCGAGCUUGUACCACUUUAUGGUCUCUUGGGAUUUAUUCCAGCAAUCAAAAGGCUAGGUUACCUGGGCCUUCAACAACCAUGGGAAAUGUACCCAUUGGGCGUUGUAUACGGGCUUGUCAUGGGUGGACUCUCGUCAUAUUGCCGGAGCUUUUUCGGAGAGUUGAUUCCUCCAGGCUAUGAGGCGGCAUUCUAUGCUCUAUAUGCCAUUACGGACAAAGGUUCCAGUGUCUUCGGGCCUGCGAUUGUUGGAAUAGUCACAGACCGUUAUGGUGAUAUCCGACCAGCCUUUGUCUUCCUCGCGGCUUUGAUAUUGCUUCCGUUACCGCUUAUGCUACUAGUUGAUGUGGAGCGUGGAAAGAGAGACGCACUUUCACUUGCAAAGGAACUUGAGGGCAGACAGAGUCUGGAGGAGACGCCAGACUAUGGAACCGUACCUAAUUGUUUGUCUCGUGGCGAGGACAUAGUGGGACAAAGUGAUUGAUGGCCAUUUGAUGCCGAGCGCAUGAUCCUUGGUCUACUUUUGAAAUGAGGUAGCAAUGUCUGGAUGAGUUAUUUCGUCUCCUAGCCACUUAUGUUCUGCCCUGCUCAGGGCCCAUCUGCGGCGGUUGACAUGAGAUUGGACUAAACCAUACAAGCCUUUCUAUGAGUGGGUGAACAUCGACCCGGCUGGUUCUACCAAUAUCGAAAGAGUACUAUACUGUUGA